AUGGCGUGCUACUUCCACAGCCUGAAAAGAGUAUUCAAUGACAUCCGACUGACAAGGCCGGAGGAGAAUAUAGAUAUCCAUGGACAGGAUGAUUUGCAGGGUGAAUCUCGAAUGAAGCAGAUCGGACCUGCAUCAUUAUUUAGCUUGCAUGUAGGCCCACCCAUGAAGCUUCAAGGCAUGCUCCAUAGAGAGGAAUCAAUCAGUGACGUUUUAGUUGGACUCCUGGAGCCGAGUCACCCGUGGACACAGAAUAUGGGUUUCCUCACGUUCCAGCAUAUAAACAAUGGACGCCUCAUGGUUGAAAGAAUCCUUGACAAACCUAGUUAA